GAAGGGUUCUCGUUUUCGUUUACCCUUUGCUUCGCUUCGUUUCACUGCCGCCGCCGCCAUUCCUGCUAGCCGGAAUCGGAAGCGAACCAUGGCGCUCUACCGCCGUCUCCUCCUCCUCCGCCGCCUCUCCCAAUCCCACCUCGUCUUAACCCCGCAGCCGGCAGUCGCUUCCCCUCUGCUCCCUCCCGCCCGCCACUUCGCCUUCUCCUCCGCCGAGGAGGCCGCCGCCGAGCGCCGCCGCCGCAAGCGCCGCCUCCGCAUCGAGCCGCCGAUGAACGCGCUCCGCCGCGACCCGUCCUCCCCGCCUCCCCCGCGGGACCCCAACGCGCCCCGCAUCCCCGACACCACCUCGGCCCUCGUCGGCCCGCGCCUCAGCCUCCACAACCGCGUCCAGUCCCUCAUCCGCUCCGGCGACCUCGACGGCGCCUCCGCCGCCGCCCGCGCCGCCGUCUCCUCCCGCGUCCGCCCCACCGUCUUCACCUGCAACGCCGUCGCCGCCUCCAUGGUCCGCGCCGGCCGCCACGACGACGCCGUCGCGCUCUUCGACUUCUUCUUCCGCCGCUCCAACAUCGUCCCCAACGUCGUCUCCUACAACACGCUCAUCCUCGCCCACUGCGAGGCCUCCCGCGUCGAGCAGGCGGCCGAGGCUUACCGGGAGAUGCUCGACGGGUCAACCUCCUUCUCCCCGUCCUCCGUCUCCUACCGCCACCUCACCAAGGGCUUCGUCGCCGCCGGCCGCAUCAAGGAAGCCCUCGAGUUCCUCCGCGAGAUGAUCAACCGCGGCCAGGGCGCCGACUCCAUCGUUUUCAAGAACCUCAUCGACGGCUACAUCGGCCUCGACGACUGGGACAAGGCCUUCGAGAUCUUCACCGAGCUCCGGGAGAGGACUACCGUCUACGACGGCGUCGUGCACACUAGCUUCAUGGAGGGUUACUGGAAGAAAGGUAUGGACAAGGAGGCCAUGGAGAAUUACCAGUCUCUGCUAGACAGGAACUUCAGGAUGACGCCCGCCACCUGCAAUGUGCUGCUGGAGACACUCUUCAAACACGACAAGCACAAGGAAGCAAACGAUCUCUGGGAGUCCAUGGUUGACAACCACAACCCACCAAGCUUCAUCGGCAUCAACAGCGAAUCCUACAGUGUCAUGGUCAACCAGCGUUUCAAGGAAGGCAAGUUCCAUGAGGCCAUCGAGGUGUUCCACACGCAACCAAAGAAGAAUGUCCAGAUGGACGUUGCCUGCUUCAACAACAUUAUUGGGAAGCUCUGUCAGAAUGGGAUGCUUGCAGAGGCGGAGAAGCUCUUCGCGGAGAUGGAGAGCAAGUCCGUGCUUCCAGAUGUGUACACUUACACUUACCUGGUUGACUUGUGCUUCAAGGAUGGUCGUGUGGAUGACACGAUGCAGUAUUUCCACAAAAUGGCAGAUGGGAGGGAGCACGGGCCGAAGUUUAAUAUCCAAUUCUUCAAUCUCAUGUUUGAAGGACUUACAGAAGCUGGCCGGAUUGAUGAUGCCUUGAAGGUGUAUGGAAGGAUGACUGACAAGGAGAUCAAGCCGAACACAACCACAUUUGAGGUCUUGGUUAAGGCGUCAUGCAAAGAAGGGGGAUUGGAUAGAGCGCUGGACCUGGUGAGGGACAUGGCAAGGGGUGGUGUUGUCCCUCCUCCUGAGUUCCGUGAGUCUGUCAUUGAGAUUUUCAAGAAUGCCGAUCGGCAGGAAGAGAUCGAGAAAGCUUUCGAAGAAAAGCCAGUGCCUCCUCAGCCAAGGCCAGAGUUUCGCCCUCGCAGUUCACCUCAGGUUGGAUUUGCAUCUAAUCAGACACGGGUUAGCUACGCUCCUAACCAAGGCCAACCAGGCUAUGGUUCCCCUCAACCUUUUCAUCAUGGCAAUGGUAUAACUCAGGUGCUGCAACCUGAGGGGAUGUCUCCUAAACCUCAACAGCCUGUGUUUGGUAGCCAACAAUUUGAAAACCCAGAAAUGGGUGCUCGUAAUACAUGGCAACAUGGGCUUCCUUCUCCUCAAAGUAAACAACCUGGGAUUGGCCUGCCUCAAGAUCAACAGCAAGAAGUUGAUGCCUCUCGCUCUUGGCAGCAUCCAGUUGGCAAUUCUCGAGAGCAAAAACCUGAAUCUAGCUUAGCUUCACCGGUGCAGCCUGGAUUUGGUACUCCUCGACCACAACAACCAACACAUUUCAGUCAUCAGACUCAAGACGGCGGCUUUGGCAGAUCUCAUCCAUGGCAGACAGGCUACGGUGCUCCUCAGGCGCAACGGCCAGGGUUCGGUGCUCAUCAAGCGCAACAGCCAGGGUAUGGUGCUCAUCACGCGCAACAGCCAGGGUACGGUGCUCAUCACGCGCAACAGCCUGGGUACGGUGCUCAUCACGCGCAACAAGCUGGGUAUGGCUCUCAUGGAGCACAGCAGACAACAUAUGGUGUUCGUCAAGCACCGCAGCCAGGUUAUGGCCAUCAAGUGCGACAACCUGAGUAUGGCUCUCAUCAAGCACAACAACCUGAGUAUGGCUCUCAUCAAGCACAACAGCCAGGGUAUGGCGCUCGUCAAGCACAGCAGCCAGGGUAUGGCGCUCGUCAAGCACAGCAGCCAGGGUAUGGCGCUCCUCAGGCGCCGCAGCCAGGGUAUGGCGCUCCUCAGGCGCCGCAGCCAGGGUAUGGCGCUCCUCAAGCGCAUGGCACACCUCAGUCAUCACAGCCACCUUUUGAUGCUCCUGAAGCAACACAAUCUGGCAUGGACAGUGCUCAGAAUCUACCACGCUAUGGCCAGAUGGGAAAUUAGCAUGAGCGGUUUGGAUAUCCUCCUUAGGGCAGACCAAGAUUUGGUACUCAGCAACUGCCGGAGGACUUUGGUGCUCCUGAAGCACUACAAUCUGGUUCGGGUACUGCUGAGAGUCUAACUAGCUAUGGCCAUGAUGGAAAUCAGCGUCACAUUAUGGUCACAUUGGAAAUCAGUAUGAUCGGUAUUGAUCUCCUUAAUUAGAGAUUUUGCACUGUAAUUGGUGGGCUUACUAUUGUAUCUUAACUCCAUAGUACUGAGACAUUUUUCUGAAGUUCGUCUUAUUCUUCAUCAUCUUACCUGUGGACCAUGCUAAUAAUGUUCUCUCUCCCAAUUGCUAAAGAUGCAAAGUUCAAUCUUUGAGGAGUUAUAUUCA